UGUCAUAAGAUCUGUGUAAUAAGUCUGUCGAUGAAAUUAACAUUUUUUCACUGAUGGAUAGCUCAGUAACUGUCUUAUGAUCAAGGAAUAAUGAAGGGUGUGGUUUUUGCCUUUCUUUGCCUGUUGGCGGUAACAGUUCAAUCUGAAAAAAAUGUCGAGUCUGAACUAAGACGCCUCCCAAAGCUCUUCCACCUGGACGAUUACGAGGCGUGUAUGGAGAGGGACAAUGGCAUCUACUGCCUGGGGAAGUUCCAGAUCUACAGCGAUAUGGAGAACAACCCUCUAUUUGACCUAAUACAGGAGAAGGCUCAAGACAUCCACCUCUUCAAUCGCUCGUUCAUCCAUCGCGGGUACUGCUUAACCACGCGCUGCGCAAUUGCCGAAGCAAAUGUGACAACGCGCUUCGAGCGCUGCGUAGACACAUGGGCGCGAAAGCACGCGCUGCGCACGCGCUUGCAUGAACUGCACUAUUGCAAAACAGCUGGCAAACCUCUGCCCAUAGAGAAAAACACGGACAUGCCCCACCAGCUGCUCCUCUACUUUGUUUAUGGCAUCCUUGCCUUGAAUCUCAUUGGAACUGUGUACGAUGUAAUGUUCAGGACAGGAGAAGGCAAUUUCAUCCUCAUGGCGUUCUCUUUUCCCGCAAAUUGGAAGAAAUUUGGUACGAUGUCGGAUGAAAGCGAUCCUCGAAUUAACAAUUUGCAAGUCCUCUACGGUAUUAGGACUUGGUUCAUGUGCACUGCCAUCGCAGCACACGUUGGACUCGUCGUGUGCAUGGUCUACCAGCACAACCCAAGGUUUUUCGAGAAGCUUCUCGCCUCCCGAGCCGGUUCCACGCUGGGAGCCUCGACGACGAUCACCCAAGCCUACAUCGUCAUGUCCAACUUCUUGACAGCUUUCAGCCUAAUAUCGGUUUCAGCCAAGCAUAAAAUUGGAUUGAGAACGAUACCCGUGCUUGUUUUGAAAAGAGCUAUCCGAUUGUACCCAAUAUAUUUGACCGUAAACGCGUUCGCUGCGACAUGGUGGACCAACGUUGGGCAGGGUCCGAUGUGGCCCCUGGUGGUGGGCGGUGAGAGCGCCAUCUGUCGCAAGAAAUUCUGGCUCACCACCUUGUUUUUACAGAACAUGGUAGACCCAGAACAAAUCUGUCUUGUUCAAACUUGGAUAAUGGCAGUGGACAUGCAACUCCAAGUGGCGACCAUGGUGCUAGUGCUGCUCCUGCUCAAACGCCGGGAGUGGGCGAUGCCGGUGCUGUAUGCCAUGUUCGCUGCGGUGACCGCGCUGACGACAGCCGUUGCAUUCAACAAAGAGUAUCUUCCGAUCUUCAAUAUCGUAACUCCUGACAAUUUCCAAAGUUUAUUUAGAAAUGAAAAGAGCUUCACUGGCCUGUUCCAAAGUCCAGUCAAUUGUGUGAUGACUGCCGUGGGCGGUGUGAUCUUGGCGUUCCUGUAUGUGGACCAUCAAGAACGAGGGAUCAAAAUUUCCAAUUCUAAGCUUCUAGUAUUUCUACACUACAUGGCAUUUCCUGCUUUAGCAGGCUGGUUGUACUUCUGCUCGAUCCUUAACGAGACGAUCACGAACCCCACUACGAUGAUGCUCAUGGUGACCAUCGACAGGCUCGUCGUAACCUUGCUGGAGUGCUUCAUAAUGUACACCAUGAUGAGUCUUAAAAGUUGUUACCAGGCGGCAUUCAGCUGGAAGCCGCUCAGGAUAACCAUGAGACUGUCGUUCGCCGUGUCCAUGGUGCACUGGUGCGUCAACGUUGCCAUGGUGGCCAACCGGCAGACCCUGCAUGACUCAUCGUUUAUGGGACUGGCACUGGACUUCCUAGGGACGUUGGUCAUCAGCCUCCUGAUAGCUUUGCCCCUAACUUUGCUGGUGGAAUACCCCCUAAAGAAAGUACUGGACAGACUGGUCCCACUUACAUAAAUUCAAUACAUCUUUGAUAUCAAUGUAAUAAUUAUUUUUUGUUAUUUACAUGUUACUAGGAGAUUCACAGUCUUCACUGAUGAUUAAUUAAUAAAUAUUUAAAUAAA